AGGAACAACAGCUAUUUCCUCCUCUCCAGAGAGUGCGGUUCUACUGGACAUCGUAGCAUCUCCUUCUCAUCUCAGCGUCGGACCGAGACAAAGCACAGACACGUUUUUCCAAACCGCAGAACGUCUCCCUUGAUAAGCAGACAUGUUCCUGGCACUUAUUGUGUCACUCGUGCUGGUUGCAGGUCAUCCGGGAAAAGCCUCCAUCCUCCGGCGUUCUGCAGAAGAACCCGAGGAUGAUGCUCCUCCAUCUCCUCUGGUUAUCAGGUCCAACAGAUGCCUGAAAGAUCCGGUUCAGGGCGUCCGCAAGGUCAUACUGGACUCCCUGAACCUGCAGAUGGAGCCUCGAGUGUCCGUUCCUGGAAUGGCUCAGAUUCGAGAGCAGUGGAAGAACAUUUUCAAAGCCUCCGGAGACUCGGGCCCUGAAGAGCAACACGCCGAGGAAAACACACCAUCAUCCUCAUCCUCAUCAUCGUCGUCAUCAUCGUCAUCAUCAUCCGCUUUCGGGAAUUCAACACACCUCCAGUGCUGCAAGUUCGCCUCCCAGGUUUUCCUAAAAGAUCUGGACUGGGAUGAGUGGAUCAUUUACCCGGAGAGCUUCACCUUCGUCCAGUGCGGCGUGUGCGUCCCUCAGCAGAAUCAGCGCAUGUUUAAUUGCGGAGAUGAUGACCCCUCUGCUCUGGAUCCUCCCUCACAGAAGCCGUGCUGCGAGGUGACCUCAACUGACCCGGUGCCCUUCCUGUACCUGGACGAAUCCAGCUCACUCGUUAUCAGCUCGGUGGCCCUGAGCCGUGAGUGUGGCUGCAGCCGCGGUGACGACCCCCCGGGCCCUACAACCGUGAUCUAGACGACACCUCGACACCUGACACAUGCCUCCCCCUACCUCUUUACGUCACACAGGUCUGUCACAGGUCCACGUCAUGGUUAUGUUCCGACCCCGGGACAGCUUCUUUGUGUAUGGGUUUAUUAUAAUAAAAGCAUCUUUACUCACUGCUUGGAGCUGCUUUUAGAUCUACUAUAAAUAUCUUAGUUAAAGAACACACAGAUUGACCCGGUCAACAACUCAGCAGCAGCUGGUCUUCCUUUUUUUUUAAAUCACAUGACAAAUAAAUAAAUAAAUGAUUAGCGGUGGUCUGUGGCUGAAAUUUGACUUCAUGCACUUUGAGUACUGAAGGUUUUCUUCACAUGGUUAGGUUUAUAGCUUCAUAGCUGGAGUCUGGAAAGGGAUUAGAUAACAGCUACUGGGUGUUCCUCGCAAAAAUGUGGGCAAUGCAGCAAGCCUAACCACGCCAGACUCCAGUUUCCCAGUCUGGGCCUCUUGGGAUAUUUAAACAGCAUAAACACGCCAGUGUAGAGCCGGAGGUGGAGUGGAGCUGUACUCUUAGCAGACGAAAAACAACAGAGCCCUUAAGCUAUAACGAGUAUAUUUUGUAUUCAUGGCUUUUCUACCGUAUUUUCAAGGCUGCCGUUCAGACGCAGCUGUGUCCCUGUGUUGUGUUUUCUUGGAAAAGGAGUACGGUUAGGACAUUUCUGUCCUCAUUACUUUGUAUACCAUGAGGUUCUAUUAGAUCUAUUUUGUGCCACAAAAAGAGAGAUUAAAGCUUCAAAACAUUCAACUAUUGAGCUUUUAUUGUGUCUAAAAAGCUCUAUUUAUGUCAUUUUCAUUUUCAUGUAAAUCUAUUCUCCCCCUUCACUCAUUUCACCAUUUACUUGUAACUCUGCUGACUUUAUACUGACUUUAUACUGACUUUAUACUGACUUUAUACUGACUUUAUACUGACUUUAUACUGACUUUAUACUGACUUGUCCACACUUGUAUGUUGCUCAUAGAAGGUUUUUUUUUAAAUCACUGAACUAAUAUGUAGAGCAGCAUUAUUUUAUUUAGAUGUGUGUAUCAUGUAUUUCAUUAAAUAAAAGCUUCAUUUAAAAAA